ACAGGUGGUGGACAAUUACACCAACGGCAUGGUGAAAGUGUGGUGGGUCGAUGGGCGAGUGAGCAUGUGCUGGCCACAGGAUAUCUUCGAGGUUGGGCAGUACGACGGCGAAAACAACUUCUGGGGUAGCAUCGAUUCGGACAACAACUCCUGGGAAACGGAGGACGAAACGUCCGAGUUUGGUGACAGCUCGGCGCCGGUGCAGUUGGUGCCGAAAUCGAUGCUUGCCGAAAAUCUGGAACGGGCACGUGUGGCGAUCGGUCGACUCGAGGAGAUGUUUAUCAUCAAUCCGUUCGUACAGAACCAGGAAAUCAUGCACAAGCUAAUGCUGGUGUACAAAAAGUGCCGUAAUCUGGACCGUCUGAUGAAAACCAACUUUUUCCACGAGGAACAUUUUAUGGGGCUUGUGGAGCGUGUCCGUAAAUCGAAUAACCAGACCACGGCGGAACGGGUGCUGGAUCAGAAAAAUCGAUUGUUCAACGAGAAUCCAAGCCAGACUGCGGUUGGAACACCAAAAACACCAUCAACACCAACGACGGCGGCGUUCGAGACACUCCAGCACGAUGGAGAGUUGAGACAUGAGAGUACACCGAAAGUUAAUCGGGAACCGUUCUUCAGUCCAUCGCCAAUUGCCGACAGUGCCGUGACGAGUGCAAAGGACAAAAUGAAUGCCGCAGUGGCUGCAGCACUAGCAUCAUCACCAGCUAGGGCUAAAGACAGUGCCAGCCUGUUUAAUAUGCAACUCGACUACGUGAACGUCUAUAUGAACAUGAACGAUGAUCUCAACAAUACGAGCUCGGUGUUCGAUCUGGUCGCCAGUGACGAUGGUGACCAGUGUGCUGAGACUGACGAGGCACAUGACGCAGAUGAAAAAUGUGUUCCAGCGAAGCUCUGUUCGCUCCUGAAAACACAGCUCCGUAAGGUGCUAGAGGUGAUCAACGCUCGCUACUCUAUGGAGUGUGUCUUAAAGGAGAUCGUUACGAUUGUGGAAAUGCAGGCACCAUCUUCUUCCCAACCAGUGUCGCCCCUAGCUGCCACUCCCAAUUCGCCCGAGGCGCCCUCCGAAGUGACGACGCCGGUGGAGGGAAGUGAAGCUGCAUUGCCAGCGGCUGAGCCGGUACCGCCGGAGCGUUUCCAGAUUGUUGAUUCUGCGCCGACCUCGCACAAGUAUCACCUCACGGUCUUCCAGACGAGCAAUGCCCAAAGUUUUUACAAAGCUGUCCAGCGAGAGCACUGGCUGCUGCGAACAGGAUUGCCACCGGGGGUGUGGGUGCGUAGCUUCGAGGAUCGGCUCGAUCUACUGAGCGUCAUGAUCGAGGGUCCCAAGAGGACACCCUACGAAGGGGGCCUGUUUUUGUUCGAUGUUCAGCUCGGGAUGGACUAUCCGCGAAAGCCACCGCUUUGCCACUACAUCAGCUACUGUAGCGAUCGGUUGAACCCCAACCUCUACGAGGAUGGCAAAGUGUGUGUUUCGCUGCUCGGUACGUGGUCCGGUCGGGGGUCGGAGCUCUGGAGCUCCACUAGUACGCUGUUGCAGGUGAUUGUAUCCAUCCAAGGACUUAUACUGGUGGCGGAACCGUAUUUCAACGAGGCUGGUUAUGAAAAGCUACGAGGCUCCCAGCAGGGUAAAGAAAAUUCUCGUAUGUACAACGAAAUGGUGCUGUUGAAGCUGUUACAAUCGAUGACGAAGCUGAUGUCGAAUCCUCCGGAACUGUUUCGAGAGGAAAUCUUGUCCCAUUUCCGAACUUCGGGACAAGCUAUGCAUCAGCGCAUCAAAUCCUGGAUGGAAAUGUCAAAUGAUUACCAAUGCCGGACAAGCACUUCAGAUGAAAAAGACGAGCCUGGUGCUAUCCUGACAUCUUCCGAAUCUCAAUCAACCGGCACCACCUGUACGGCUAGCGGCAAGGUAGAUAGUGUAACGCAAGCAGUCAAUGGAGACUCUGUGGUAGAACCCGACUUUCCUCUCAUUCCGGCUAGCCGUGGUUUUUGCCUAACACUUAUCGGUUUGCUGGACACAUUCCAAAAGCAAUUGCAACAGUUGCCGACUGCUGGCCAGUAGUUGCGUCUCAUGUAGGAUAACCGAAACGCAAAAGUGGUUGUGGCGACCAUUGCCUUUGCCACCUUUAUCUUACUCACGCAUAUGUGGUUUGUGCUUCCUAUUGUUAUGGAGCUUGUUGUGCUAUUUCUUCCAUCAGCUUAGUUUUGACGGUAUUUGUCGCCGAAUGCUAUUUUUGGGAUGUUUGUCUCAAAAAACACUGCACUGCUCUACACGGCCACAUAUUACGCACUUCGCAUACAAACUAUUGUUGCUUGUCUGCUAAGGGCUAUCGAGGGUCGUAGUUAUCAAUAGUUGAGAUCGUUUUACAAACAUUUCGGUUUCAA